AUGUUGUACAUAACCUUUAUUUUGACUUGUGUCUUCAGAAUUACUUCUAUUCAAGCCUACACGUUCAAAUCGGUAAGUCAAGUAUGACGUUUGGAAAAUGUGACAGUAGGGUAGCAUAGAGCAACAUAGAGUAGGGUCAAGCAAGGUUAGAUAGAGUAAAGUAUUAUAGGAUAGGAUAAGGUAUAAUAGGACGGAAUAGGACAAGGAAGAGUCUUAUAAGGUAGGGUAGCUUGGAACAGGACAAGGUAGUGUAGGGUAACGUAGGGUUAGCUAAGAACAGGUUGGGGUACAGAAGGGGUAGUGUAGGUUUGGGUAAGAUAGGGUACAAUAGAACAAGGUAAGAUAUAGUAAAGUAAGAUAGAGUAGAGUAGAUUAGGGUAGGACAGGGUAGGGUAGGGUAGGGUAGGGGUAGGGGUAGGGUAGGGUACGGUGAGAUAGGGGUACGAUAGGGUACGGUAGAAGUCGUGUUGUAUUUUAUUGAAAAAUGGUCAUAAAGCAAAGGAAUGCGAGUUUUUUUAAUUGCUGAAUAGAACUUUUUUAUCAAAUAUUGCAAAAAACUAUCAUGUGAUUGCUAUGGAAUUUAUGACACGAGAAAACACAAUUGUUACUUAUAAUUUUACAAAAAAAUUACUGUAAAUGCACUUUCUGUUAUAUUGUAGUAGGUUGUUCGAAUAAUUCUGAGCCCUCUUCAAAGAGAAUUUGUUAUGUUAGAAGGCACAGAAAUAUAUGAACAACUUUAAUAGUACACAGUAACAAUUCUGAAAAUACCUGAGAGCCAUAAGCUGAUGAUAAGGUAACCUACUUCACAAGUAACAGUUUUGUGACGCAAUGCUACAGAAUUGUAACGAAAUGUCACAAAAUGCAAAAUGUUGACGAGAUGUCACAAAAAUCAAAACUCUAAGAAAAUUGCUCUAGGAAGAACCAAUAGUUCCAAGACCUAACAUACCUCAUGAUCUCCUGGAAGAAAAGUCGUGCAACUUAUCACUGAUGCAUCGAAAGUGUGAAUGCUACUACAAGAUCGAAGACACAAGAUGUUGUUGCCUUGAUACUACAGAUGUAACUGAAAUACCUAAGAACUUGGCUUUGUCAAUGAAGGCAUUGUAAGAUCAGCCACUUUAUGAUUACUAUUCUGUAAUAUAAUUGAAUAUACAGCGUUAUUAGGCUUAUAUAUACAAGUUGACUGAGGCUUAUAUACUCAUUAAGCUGAUAUACAACUAAACUUAGACUGACAUACUCGCUAGACGUAUAUGUAUAAUUCAGGCUCAUAUACAACACAUCAAUCAGCCAUAUCAACAGUGACUCGUUCUCUAACUACAUGUACUUAAAAACAAUGUAAGUAGUCGUAUAUACCAGAACGUCUCGAGUAAUACGUAUAAUAACUUAUAUUAAUAAAAAACGUUUUUAAGUCAAAUUAGGAACAAUGAAAACCUUACACACAUAAACAAGUAUGCAUUUCAUCGACUAAAACAUAUAAUUCAUCUGUAAGUUUAUCUUGUUUAAAAAAUAAAGUUAGGAUAAAGAGUACGCUUGAGAUGAAGGUUAAGCUUGGGUCAGGCUUGGUAAUCCUUUGGCUUCAACUUAGAUUUAGGCUUUGACUGAAAUUUGGGUUUAGGUUUUGGUUUAGAAUUGAGAUUAGGAUUGAGAUUGGAUUUGGACUUAAACAUAGGCUGAAGCUUAAGCUUAGGCUUAAGCUCACACUUAGGCUUAGGCUUUAGCUUAGGCUUAAGUUUAGGCUUAGGCUUUGGCUUUGGCUUUGGCUUUGGCUUUGGCUUUGGCUUUGGCUUUGGCUUUGGCUUAGGCUUAGGCUUAGGCUUAUGCUUAGGCUUAGAUUUAAGCUUAACUUUGAGCUUAGGCUCGAACUUGUGCUUAAUUUUAGGCUUAAGCUUGGGAUUUGACUUUGGCUUAAACAUACUGUCAAACUGCGGUUUAGGUCCAAUCUUAGGCUUAAUACUUAAGAAUAAAAAUUUACCGUCAACGGUUAAGUUAAGGUUAUGCUUUACUUUAGGUUUAUUAUAAAACAUAAAUAAAGUAAAAUCUUUUAGACGAAUAUCAGAAUCACCAAAGCUAACAGAACUCUCAGAGCUUAUAUUCCAUCCAUCUCAUCGACUACACGCUUUGUAAGACUUUUUCUAAAUUUUUAAUUGUAAAAUACGAUGUUGUAUUACAUAUCAGUUUUUUAGGCUUGUCUAACAAUUAAAAACUCAAUUAAUAUUGCAGAGUAAUCCGCCAUACUGGUAUAACACAAAUUCCGAAUUUUUUAAUGGAUCACAAGAGUUUGUUUGUGAUGAAAGUGGUCGACUUUAGUUAUAAUGCUAUCAAGUCGAUACCAUCCAACAGUAUCAAUUCUGUUUUGGCUAACAAAAUGAGGCUGAACAAAAAUAAAAUCACGGAGAUUGAAGAAAAUGCCUUUGUUAAUUGCCAUUUUGGAUCGUUGUAAGUUGAGAUGAACAACUUUUUUGCUCUGCCUUGCCUUGGUUUAGCUUGCUUUGGUUGGGCUGGACUGCGUUCGGUUAGGCUAAGCUGGGCUUGGCUGGACUGGGCUGGGCUUGGAUGGACUGGGAUGGACUGUCUAGGUUGAACUGUGGUGAGCUUAGCUUGGAUUCACUUAGCUUGGCUAAGCUUGCUUUGAUUGGGCUCGGUUGAGCCUUGAAUGGACUGUGAUGAACCGUCUAGGCUGAACUGUGUUGAGCUUGGCUUGGCUGACUUUAAGUAGCCUUGCCUUGCCUUGCCUUGCCUUGCCUUGCCUUGCCUUGCCUUGCCUUGCAUUGCCUUGCCUUGCCUUGCCUUGCCUUGCCUUGCCUUGCCUUGCCUUGCCUUGCCUUGCCUUGCCUUGCCUUGCCUUGCCUUGCCUUGCCUUGCCUUGCCUUGCCUUGCCUUGCCUUGCCUUGCCUUGCCUUGCCUUGCCUUGCCUUGCCUUGCCUUGCCUUGCCUUGCCUUGCCUUGCCUUGCCUUGCCUUGCCUUGCCUUGCCUUGCCUUGCCUUGCCUUGCCUUGCCUUGCCUUGCCUUGCCUUGCUUUGCCUUGGCUUGCCUUGCCUUGCCCUCUUCCUUUUUCUACUUUUCCCUACCGUACCGUAACUUAUUAUAACCUUUCUAUCUUAUCUUACUUUUAACCAUACCCUAUCCCACAGUAAUCAGUUUAAACAUUAUUUUACAGAGACCUAUCAAACAACUACGACCUAACCUCUCUAUCAUUAGAAGCCUUUAUCGACCUAAAGCACAUAACCGAGUUGGAUCUCAGUAAUACUCGUAUCACUCAACUACCGUAUCUAGGCCUAAAAACUCUCAAAAAGAUCAGAAUUCAAAAAGUGCCAACUCUAAAACAACUACCAUCAGUGUUAGCCUUUAAUCACCUAGUUGAAGCCGAGUUCACUUAUCCUUAUCACUGCUGCUUCUUCAAACAUGCCACGAAGGAGAGUAACAAAGAUGAAAACAGGAACUUCAGAAGUAAUGUAAGAGAGAUCCAAAGAAGAGAGUGUGCUAUAUUGGGAGAGGAGCAGAGUAUUAGCAGGAAACGAAGAGGUACCAUUAGGUCAAAUGGUGGAGGAAAUUUUGAGGAAUGGAUGUUGAAUGAAUUGAAUAAAGAUGUGGAAGUGAAUAGAAAUAGUGAUGAUGAGGUUGUUGAUUCACGUAAGUUAUUGGGGUUUGUAGGAGAAAUAGGGUAGGAUAGAGGUAGAGGCCGGGGGCUAAGGCUUAGGCUUAGGCUUAGGCUUAGGCUUAGCCUUAGGCUUAGGCUUAAGCUUAGGCGUAGGCUUAGGCUUAUACUUAAACUUAAACUUAAACUUAAACUUAAACUUAAGUUCAAGCUCAAGCUCAAGUCUAAGUUCAAGCUUAAGUUUAGCUUAAGUUCAGUCUUACCUUUAAACUCAGGUUCAAGCUCAAGCUCACGCUAACGCUCAGUCUCAAACUCAGGUUUAAGCUCAAGCUCAAGCCCAAUCUCAGGCUUAAGCUUAAGCAAACGCUCAAGCUCAUACUCAGGCUAAGGCGCAGGCUCUAGCUUAGGCUAAGGCGAAGGCUCAGGCCGUUGUUAAAACAAGUUUUAAAUGCAAUACUUUUAGCUUCAAAAGACAACUACAAGAUCCAACGUUGUGAAGAAGAAGCAGUAAAAGAAUUCUACCUAAAAAUCAACUGUACUCCACCAUCUGACGCUUUGAACCCAUGUGAAGACAUUAUUAGUUACCCGACUUUACGUAUCUUCCUAUGGCCAAUGUGGAUUAUAGCGAUUGUUGGUAAUAUAUCAGUGUGGUUUAUCAUUGCGGCCGUCUGGCAUCGACGGCUACGAUUCCACUAUUUUUUCAUGUUAAACCUGUCGAUCGCGGACUUUUUGACUGGUGGGUCAGUUGAGUGUUUGUGAAGUGAUAUAGGGCGUGGUGCAAUAAUAUAACACUCUUUACUAUACAGAAUAUGUUUGGUAGUGCUAGGAGGGCGUUGGUAGACAAGGCGAUACGGUCUAUGAUACGUUAGUGUCUAGUAUGUUGUAAGGCUUAAGGUACGGUAGAGCCUAUGGUACGAUAGGGCCUAGGGACAAUGAUGUCUUGGGUGUGGUAACGAUUAGGGUAAGUAGGGUACAAGGUAUGGUAGGACCUAGAGUACAAUAAGGCUUAGAGUGCGGUAGAGCUAAACGUAUAAUAGAGUCAAGGUUACGAUAGGGUUUAGCGUAUGGUAGAGCUUAGGGUACAGUAGAGUAUAAAUUACGGUAAGGUUUAAGGUACGGUAGGGCUUACAAGGAAAGGUCCCCACCGUGAAAUGGAUUGGUGAAAAAGUGGUAAAUAGAAGUUGUAGAGCAUAGUCAAAUCAGUAGAAAAACAAAAAAAAUUUACCACCCCCCCGUGGGGGGGUUUUGAGGUACUUUUUUUGUGGUCAAAGUUUUACUUUCUUAUUUCCGCUCUCUUGUCUCGGAAAUCAAGAGGAAACUCCGUCGACCGGAUAGUUCGGUGGUUGCGCGCCUGCUUUCGGCUCCGAAGGGCGCGGGUUCGAUCCUGCGCCGUCGGAAGUAUUUUUUGAUCACUUUGUCUAAAUAAAAUUAAAAAAAUAAUAAAUUUUGCAUUUUCUUGUAAAAAAAUAUAUCUUUUUCUAUCUUAACACAUUUUUACCUAAUUUCUAGCGAUUUAUCUACUCGUUAAUCAUUUGUUCAAUUAAAUUAUUCAAGUUUUCAACACUAGUACAAUGUCUGCGCUAUGUAUUAUUAUAUAUUUUAAUCUAAAAAAUCUUGAGUAAUUUAAAAAAAGAAGAAAAAAAUGUUUUGCAAAAAAAUGCAAAUUUUUUAAAGUUUUUAUUUAUUCUAUUUAGAAAAAACGAUCAAAAAUGCUUUCCGACGCCGCAGGAUCGAACCCGCGCCCUUCGGAGCCGAAAGCAGACGCGCAACCGCCGAGCUAAACGAUCAACGGCUUUCUCCUUUGUUUUCCGAGACAAGAGAGAAAGGGGAAUUAAUAAAAGUAAAACUUUGGCCAAAUAAAAGUACCUCAAAACCCCCCACGGGGGGUAAAUUUUUUUACGUUUUUCUACUAAUUUGACUAUGCUCUAUAACUUGUAUGUACCACUUUUUCACCAAUCCAUUUCACGGUGGGGACCUUUCCUUGUUAGGGUACGAUAGAGCCUAGGGUACGGUAAGGCCUAGGGUACGGUAGGGCCUAGGGUACGGUAAGGCCUAGGGUACGGUAGAACCUAGGGUACGGUAGAACCUAGGGUACGGUAGGGCCUAGGGUACGGUAGGGCCUAAGGUACGGUAGGGCCUAGGGUACGGUAGGGCCUAGGAUACGGCAGGGCUCAAGGUACGGUAGGGCCUAAAGUAAAGUAUGGCAUAGAGUACUGUAUGAUCUAGUACUGAGUAGGGUGACGUAUAUAUAUAAAAUAAAGUAUAAUAUUUUUAUUUUUAGGAGUCUACUUGGCAUUUCUAGCUUUUGCUGACCUAAAAACAGCUAGCGAGUACUACAACUAUGCUGUGGAAUGGCAAACUGGCUGGGGUUGCAGUGUAGUUGGCUUUAUUACAGUAUUCGCAUCAGAGUUAUCCAUUGUAUCCAUGUUGAUGAUAGCGUUUGAGAUCUACUACAACGCCCGUUACGCUUUUUAUGGUAAAUGGAUGAGCUCCAAAACGGCUUAUGUUACUAUACUACUAGGCUAUGCCUAUGCCUUCUUAAUAGCCGCUCUACCACUGUUUGGUAUAUCAUCAUACGAAGUGUCGAGUAUAUGCCUACCAUUGUCUAUAGCCAAGCCAGCGGAUCAACUAUACUUAGUAAUAGGCCUAACUACUACAGCCAUAGCCUUUGCAGGCAUCAUACUCAAUUAUCUUAUGAUCAACUGUAUGAUAAGAGGAGAUGGAACGAUGCCAGCACGCUCGGAAGAUCGACAGAUUUUGGUCAGAACGUUGGUACUGAUUAGUACGGACUUACUGUGCUGGUUACCUACACUGUUCUUUGGUAUUACUGCAGCCCUGGGUGUACCGUUGAUAACGCUGACUAAUGCCAAGAUAUGUUUGAUCUUGUUUUAUCCUAUCAACUCAUGUGCUAACCCAUUGAUCUAUGUCUAUACGACCAAGAUUUGGAAGGAAGUAAAGAAAAAGGCACCGUUCUUGGAGUGCAAAAACUUGAAAACUGAGAAGAAGUACGUUUACACCUACUAUAAUAUAAUCUUCGAUCAGAGCCUAUAGGGCGGUAUAGCUUAGAUUACAAUAGAGCCUAGGGUACAUAGGUCUUGCAAUACAAAAAGGUUUAAUGUAUGGUAGGGUUUAGCGUACCGUAGGGCUUAUAAUACAGUAGUAAGUACAGUAAGUACUACUAGGUUGACACGGAGAACGGGCACGGCCAAAAAAGGGGCCUGCCCGGCCCGUUUUUUAUGUCUAACAGUAGGGAAUAUGGUACAAUCGGGCUUAGGGCACUACAGGGCCUAGGCUACUAUAGGGCCUAGGGUAGAAUAAGGUUUAAGGUACGGUAAGGCCUAGGGUACGGUAGGGCCUAGGGUAAGGUAGGUCUAAGGUACGGUAGGCCCUAGGGUACAGUAGGGGCUAGGGUACGGUAGGGGCUAGGGUACGGUAGGGUGUAGAAAACGAUAGAGGAUAGAUUACGGUAGGGCUUUGGGUACGGUAAGGCAUUGGGAACGGUAGGGCAUAUAUGGUACGGUAAGAUUAAGCUACAUCUAAGACUAUGACUAAAACUAUUAAAAAAUUUUUUUUUUUAUUUUUUCAGUAACGCUAAUCGCUUCUACUACAACACUUCACCAUCACCAGAAAAAAUGCGGUCAACUUCAUUGCAACAUGAUGAUAAUUAUCAUUCAAAAGAAAAUCAUGUAAAUAUUAUAAUUUAUAUUAAAAAUUAUUUUUUAAAUUUUUAAAUUUUUUUAUUUUAGACAACCCAAACGACAUCAUUGAGCUCAACCCCACGAGGAUCAGACUCAUCAACAUUAUUUCGACAUUCAGUAGCUGAGAUUGAACCUCUACAGUAUUUUUCGGAUGAGCAGUAAGUUAACCUACCCUACCCUACCCUACCCUACCCUACCCUACCCUACCUUCCGAGCCCAAACCAGCUCAGCCCAUCUCAGUUUGGCCCACCUCUGCUCAAAUAAUUCCAAUCUAACCCCGUCGAUCUUAGCCCAGCCCAGGCUAGUGCAGCUCAUCUCAUCCCAGUCCAGCUCAGCUUUGCCCAGCCCUGCCCCGCUCAAGUAAUUACAGACCCGUCCUAUGAUAUUUAAUCCAGCCUAGCCCAUCACAGCUCAAACAAACCCAGCCCUAACCAUCUGACCAUCUCUGACCUUAACCUACCUUACUGUAAUUUAAAAAAUAAUUGUUUUAGUUUUAGCGAAGAACCAGACCGUUUGGAAAUGAUAAGACUUGAGCGAAAGAGAAAGUCGAUUCCAUCGAUACCUACAUUCAAAUUUCGGGUUCAAGCAGUGCCUAACAUGUCUGACAUAAGUGAAAGCUCUUCCAAUUCUCAAGAAGAAUUCGAACGUCGAAGCUCAAAGAGAAGUCAAGAUAAGAAAGUUUCUCAACUAGCAUUGCAGGAUACUAACUAG